AUGGACAUCUUUGUUCUUUCUCGCGAAGACCACUGUCGCUGCACUUUGGAUUCCUGCCCUUCAGUAAUUGCAGAUCGUCGAAUCGCGUCGCUGAAGCCUCACGAAGCUGUGGCGGCGCUGGCAGAGGAGGGACCAACGACGCCAUUCGUCAAUAGGGUGGCAAAAGCGACCGAAGUGGAUCCAGCCUACCGUCGUGCCGGCGUUGCGAAGAUAUUCGUGCAGAAGAUCCUCGAAGGUCAAUCCACGAGAGACCGACCGCACUGGGAUUGGCCGAUCUAUGGCAUCGGCACCGUCAUCCAUGGGAUUAGGGAAAAGAAAGAGCCUCAAGACGAUGAAAUCUUACAAUACCUCUUCGCCUCGUAUCCUGCAAUAAUCGACGUAAUAUCAAGAAGCUUUAUGCGCUUCAUACCGUGGAAUCUCUAUGGAUUGUCUAGGAGAUGCCUUGUAGCGUGGAUGAUAUGUGCUUACGUGGCGGCAAAAGACCCAGAGAUGAAGUGGAAAAUGUAUGACGAGAAGACACUAACACUUGUCAAAUUCUGCUGGGCUGACACCUCUCCCGAUUUCCUGCUGCGUGUUUACCCUGCGAAACUUCUCAUGUACAUGACGGAAGAAAGCACAGAUGGGAAGCCCAACCCCCCGGACCGUCUGGAGAAAUUUGCAAAAGUUCUCGGCUCAAUGCCCGCCUUCACCUCUAGCCUCGCCUUCAUUCUCAAAGGCAAGAAACUCACCGAGCUCAUGCUCUGGCACGAGAUUGCCGUUGUGCGGAGCCUUAUCAGCGAGUGGCACCCAUUUGCAAAGCCGUUUCUGGAAGGGGAUAUACCGAAGCUCGUGAUGGCUGCUAUUCGUCGGUUCAUGAAGACACAUCCUGACGAAGAGUUCGGCGGGCUCCUCGAAGAAGGUGAACUUCUCGCGGUACAGUUUAUUCUGGCCUGUCCACCCAGCGAUACGAUGAAAAACUUCAUCUACUUGUUAAACGAUACCUGUCUAAUCGAAGUCGCCGUCGAAGGUCUCAAGCUCGCCAGCAUACAAUCGCCCCCCGGCUCCCUUCUACCAAAAGGUUCUGGAACCUUCUGUCUAAUUUUCAGUACCAUCUCUCACGCGCUAAGCGUGACUGGAAGCCGCUGCGAAUGCGGUUGCAACUUCCGCUCAUCCCCCGAGUUUACCGAAGCCGCCCGCGCCGCCAUAGAACGCGUCGGCCUUCAGAAGCUCCUAUCACUCUCAUUGGUGAUUAAUAACUGGCAAUACUUUAUGGAAUCCCUCGGUGCUCUGUCCAACGUCCUUGGAGUCUCCGGGACCUCCGUUCGAGAACGCCAUCGUCUCGACAGGAAGUGCUGCAAUGUAGCCUGCCCUGCUAGGACCUCGGGCAAACGCAGCGAGAAGAAGAGUGCAUGUCAGAAGUGCCAGUCUGUCUACUACUGUGACAGGGAGUGUCAGAAGAAGGACUGGAGCAAACACAAGAGCGAAUGCGCGACAUUUGCGCAGGAGAGGGAGUCGAAGGAGAGCGAAUAA